UUCGCUGAAUACUUGCUCACACCAAACAUAUUUCCUCAAUCGCCGUUAGCCAUGCUAAAUUCGAUCGAAAUGCUCAGACUUGAUGCAAACACCGCCUUUCCCGUCGUACACACUGGAGAUGAGGUGGUCUUACUGACUUAUCCGCACUAUACCACAGCUACGGUGCAGAGCGUGGAAUUUAUGUCGCCACCACUUCAAGACGGUUUCUUACACAUAAUGACGAUAAUAGACCCUUCUUCAAAACCGUUUGCAAUGUUUCUUGUUUAUAACCUGCCGUCUGUUGGUUAUAAUCGAUUACCAAUACCGGACACUCUCCAAGGUUUGAGCGGGCGAGCAUCUUAUGUUGAUAAUAGUACUACUGUUAUCAGACAAGACUCAUAUCGCUCACAAUACGUCGUUUUGGUGUAUCGGACAAACAAUCCAGUGCUUAUAAGCCAAAAUCAAAUUUUCGCUGGUCAAGGUCCCGAUCUCAUGGCUGGAUGCACGGAUGUGAGGUGCAUGGUGACGAACUCAGUUCUAGGCAGGGAACUUGGACAGCCCUUAGCUGGAAGCAUUUUUCAUAUUACUACGAAGCAAACCUUAUUCCAAACUGUAGAAAUCAUCUCAGACAAUCUCACGCAGGCUGCAUCUAACGUGGCUGGGCAUCUGUUGAUAGUAUUUGUUGCUUCUCAGUUUCUGUAA